UUGUUUUGUCAAUUUGCGUGGAGUACAUCACCUUUUAAUGUGGGUUAUUCAGCACAUAUUGAUCUAGGAGAUGCAAUAUGUUGCCGUAUAUAGUUGUUUGUGAUUUUGUAUGUCGGCAUAGAUUAGUUAACUUGUUCUCGGAUGAAAUAAAACGUGCGGAUGUUUGCAGCAUACAUGGAGGCGAGCUAAUUAGCAACGCUAGCUGUCUGUUCUACGUGGAGCUACAGUAGUUAGUAGUUAAUUCACCAUCAAAGGACACAUUGCUGUUGUUUGUGUAACUUAUUGGCUGUGUGUUAUCGAGCUAGUGUUACGUUUAAUACGGUGUUGUUGGUCAAACGUACGACAAGCUAGUCUGCAGAAAGAAACCUCAGCCAGCUCAGCUGUUGGAUCACAUCCCAUGGUCCAGCAGUACUCCCUGUGUUGUCUUAAGUAGAAAAUAUAAACCUCAAUAUUUCCACGUUUUUGAAAUAUCUGAUAACCGAUUGAUGGGCUUGAUUAUAGAGAUUCUCUCCUAAACGGUUGCAUGACAACUUAUUCCAUGUGUAUAGACUUGACACUGUUUAAAAAAACAAAUCUUUUUACAGAUUUUGUUGAAGAUUGUAUUUUCUCUAUAUCACCCCGAUUCUCAGAGGCCCUUGAGUCCAAAAAAGUUGACAUGAACAAACACACCGUCGAUGAACACAUGACGUACAGGAGAGACAGGAGUAUCCGAGAGGUGUAUGAUGAUCGCUUUUUGGCAGAGAGACCGGGUCCUUACCCACGGGCAGCUGGGGCAGCGGAGAGAAGGGCCCCCUUUGGCAGGCCGGAGGACGACUAUGGCCGCGGUGGUGGCGGCGGCGGUGGCUACGAAUACGAAGGAGGUCCGCGCUUUUUCCCAAAUGGAGGCCCACGAAAUUAUCAUGAAGAACAGAGGAGCUACCACGGUGGUGACAACCUUCAUUUCUCUGCCGAGCGCAGACCUGUUCCGCCUUCAAGGAGGGAGGAGUACCCUUACAGAGGACCCAGGGAAGACCAGCACCCAGGACGGCCUUUGGAGUUUAACAACCGUGCCCCACCACCUCACAACGUGCGAAACCAGGGCAUCUACCCACCGCCCCGAUCGCUCCCAGAGAGCGGCGAAGACACGCUAGUGCAAGCCAUCCUCAACCUGGACCGAGGGGAGGACCCCUACAGGAGGAAGGUGGCCCCGUUCCCCCCGCUCAGAGAGCGGUCUCCCGUGCGCCGCGAGGUGGCCCGUUCCCCCCAAAGUCGCUCCGGCUCCAGCGUCAGCAGCAGAGGAGGCUACUCGCCAGACAGAGCCAAGAGCCUGCCAUUUCCCUCGCAGCAAGACAAGAACAAAAUUCCUGGCCUGUCAAGAGAGGGCUCCCCACACAGCGCAACCUCAAACAAGGAGGAGAACCAUCCUCCAGAGGGAGAAAAAGAGGAGCCUCUGGUGGCUCCGGUCGUUGAGGAGAGCCAGAAGUCGUCUUCGGACAACUUUCAAGAGCGGCGAUCCCUGGCCAUCGCGGCCAAAGCUCAGGAGAUAGAGAAGGUGUACCGGCAAGACUGCGAGACAUUUGGCAUGGUGGUGAAGAUGCUGGUGGCUAAAGACGCCAACCUGGAGAAGCAGCUGCAGGUUCCCCUCAGGGAGAACCUCGGGGAGAUCCGCGAACGUUGCCUGGAGGACCUCAAACACUUCAUCAGCGAGCUGGACGAGGUGGUCCGGCAGUCGGAACCUUCUGUCUGUGACUCGACCACCCCAUCGACAGCCCUGACGGGUCAUAAACUUUCAAAGACGGGAGUCAAUCACAGCUCGUCUUUCUGACACGUCGGCCAUCAGGUGCGUGGAAGGAUUGACUUGUGAACAUGGUGGAUAUCUUGAAUACAUUGUUGCUGGACUUGGAACUAUAGCACAGCGAAGUGACAACAAACUCAAAAUGGAAUUGAUGCAGCGUUGCAUUGUAUUUGGGGAUGAACAGUGUUAAUUUCAAACAGACCAUUUUUUACUACUUUUCUCUGUUGAAAGAUGGAGAUUAUGAAAUGAUGUUCAAAGUUGUUUCACUGUCAAAUCUUUUAGUCUUAAAUCACAUGGAAAUGGUUAACAUGAGUAUUUUGUUAUUUAAACAAUUUUGGUGAAAAUAUGUUGCUGAGAAUAGACAGUCAGUCCUGCAGCAUGAACACACUUUUCUAAAAGAUAAGACGAUGUUUUGUUUUGUACUAUUUUCAGUUAUGUACAUUCUGUGGCAGUCAGACGUAUGACUUGGUGCUGCUAAAUUUACAGUUCUACAUUCUUGUAUAACUUUGUACUGUCUGGAAAUGCCAGUUUGGUUACUUUUUUUUUAUUGUGUUGUGUCAUUUGCUUUUCAAACUUUAAUUUCCUUCCCAGAAAAACCGGCACACGGCUUGAUUAUUUUUCAUGACAUAGAAAGAAGGUUGUAGUAAAGAUUGUUUCUGUUAA